GGAAAAUCACCGAACUAACUGGUUCAGAGUGGCGCUCGUCGCAGUGGUGAAACCCGGCCUAUACGGAGAUUGGACUCCUUCCCUAUAGUCUCCUUGCUUGCAAACUUUCGUACUCCUGGUCUGUCUCGCCAGUGAAAUUGAUCUGAGACACCGAAUCGACCAGCCAUGCUCCGACAAACGUUGACCCUUGUUCCGCUGUCUGCUGUUCAGCAGCAGAGGGGAAUGGCAACCCUGAAGACAAUUUCAUUACGAUUGAAAUCAGUAACGAACAUUCAGAAGAUUACCAAGUCCAUGAAGAUGGUAUCGGCCGCUAAGUACGCGAGAGCCGAGCGCGACUUGAAGCAGGCCAAGCCACUGGGAGUCGGAACGAAAAUGUUUUAUGAGCAGGCCGAAAUUGCCGCACCCGAGGACGACCCAAAACGUUUGAUGGUUGCUGUGACAAGUGAUCGUGGUCUUUGUGGUGCUGUACAUACGGGAGUUGCGCGAAAUAUUCGUGACGGAUUAUUAGCUGAUCCUAAAGCACGUGAGAACACAAAAAUUAUCUGCAUCGGCGACAAAUCCAAAGCUGUUCUGCAAAGAAUGUUUGCUGAUAAUAUUCUGUUCGUCGCUACCGAAGUUGGACGAAAACCACCUACUUUCCAAGAUGCUGUUAAAGUCGCCAUUGAAAUUAUGAAUUCUGGAUACUCUUUUGGAUCAGGUACAAUCGUCUACAACAAAUUCAGGUCGGUCGUAUCUUACAAAGUGGAUCAUUUGCCGCUGUACAACAAAGAUUCGGUGGUGAAAGCGCCCAAGUUGUCGGUGUACGAUUCGGUCGAUGAAUCGGUGAUUCAGAGUUAUUUGGAAUUUUCACUGGCCUCGUUGCUCUUUUAUUCGAUGAAAGAGGGUGCGUGUAGCGAACAAUCAAGCAGAAUGACCGCUAUGGACAACGCGAGUAAGAACGCCGGAGAAAUGAUAGACAAAUUGAGAUUAACUUUCAAUCGUACUCGGCAAGCCGUCAUCACCAGAGAACUCAUCGAAAUUAUUUCUGGGGCUGCUGCUCUGGAAUAAAUGGCUUUCUUACGCCACGUUAUUCGCCUAGAAUAUCGAUAGUCCACGAGGAUCGACGCAUGAGAGUUAAAUCAGCAUUGGUGACUAAAUCAUAACGACACUAAUAAUCGAUAAUUGAAACACUGGAGAAACACCAUUGAAUAACUAGAAACGAAUCGUCGAAGUUUAAUUAAAAUCUCGUAUAUUGUUGAAACUCUCCGCCUUUCUCAGUCUGGCCAUUUAAACAUGUUCCAUAGCAAAGUCACAGAUAUUGUCAACGGAAUCCGAAAGUCCUUUUCACCCGUGUUUGACUCGAUCGAUCGCCCCUAUUCUUACCUGUAAAUACCUGUGGCUCCGCGUUUCACGGAAUUCCCUUAUUUCCAUUUUAAUUCUCAAACUUCUCUACAAUCGUCUCGCAGUUUGUAAGAUCGAGGCAUCGAAAUAAAUCUGUUGCUAUGGUACGCCAAUAAA